UCGCCCAAGCAAGCAAGACGUCCAGAGCGCCUUGGAACCUCUCACCCUUCUAUCCACCAUUGUGUACUUUGUGCUUGGACAACGACCUUGUGGGCCUUGGGAAGCUUCCGGCCGCAAGACCCAUGGUGCAGCCAAUGGCAGCGCUUCGAAGAAGGGGAAGUGUGCGGAGGACGGCGGACCACUGAAUCGUGUCCAGUGUUGGGUCGUGUGCACGUGCGGUGAAGAUCUCUGGCAGUUCGUGGAGGGCAUCGUACUGAACGGCGGAUCUCGGCUGCUUCUUGACCUUCGCCGGCUGCGGGCGCUUUGUGCCACGGCAAGACCUGCACGUCCUCGCCAUCACUUGGAUUCAGCAACUAUGACAAAGGACGCUGAGUCGGAUCCGCCGUCUCCCACCGUUUCUGACGACGAUGAUGCCGAUUACCACAGCGCGUUCCUUGACCACAACCUGGUGCAGUUGGCAGAGCAAGAACUGCGCGAGACGCCGGCAAGGCGCCAAAGGGAUACUCAGAUACUCAGGGAGAUGAUUCGAUGUGAGCGUGACCUGGACUCUCGGACGGACAACGCAUUCUUGGUGCGAUUUCUCCGGUGCCGGAAGUUCGAUUGCAGCCGGGCCUACAAGGUGCUCAAGCAGUACUACAAGCUCCGCUGCAACAACGCCCAGCUCUUCGUCAACUUCUACCCGUCCUUCCUCAAAGAGACGUAUGACCACAACCUCCAGACGAUCCUGCCGGACAGGGACCCCAACGGCUGCGCCGUGUUCAUCUUCAAAGGAGGACUGUGGAACCCAUAUAUCUGCAAGUCCGAGGACAUCUUCAGGGCCAAUGUCCUCUGCCUGGAGCAAGCCAUUCUGGACCCUGUCACACAAGUCACUGGCAUUGUAGCCAUUAUGGACAUGAAGGGUUUUGGCUUCACUCAUAUCAGGUUCUGCCCUCCAAGCAACCUCCAGAAGGUUGUCUCUCUCAUCCAGGACUGCUUUCCUGCAAGGUUCAAGGCAAUCCACGUCAUCAACGAACCUGCAAUCUUCAGCAUGAUGUUCAGCAUUGUCCGAAGGUUCCUGAACGAGAAGCUCCAGCAAAGGAUACACUUCCAUGGCUGUGACAUGUCGUCCUUGCACCAGUUCAUCCCUGCUGAGAUCCUGCCGGAGGAGUACGGGGGCUUCAAUGGACCCAUGGAUAACAGCGACUUCGUAGCUCGGCUGUAUAGAAACGAUGAGCUAUUCAAGAAAGAUUCCGAGUAUGGUUACAAAACGCGUGUUAAAGCAUGAGCAUAGGGUAGUUAGUUUACCUUCACUAAUUCCACGAAUGCGUGCGUGUCUCAUGUUGCGAACCAUUGAAGUGACCCUGCUAGCACUUCUUACUGUACAUGCCUUGUGUAUGUUGUACAAAAAUGUAUAAUAAAUAUGUGAAUUGUGUGCCCAUACGUGA